ACUUGGGUGAAGCGGUUACAGCCGAAAGAGGAAGACUGGAGGCAAACAAAUAUCUGGGAGCGAUUUCGCGCCGUGCAAGACACGCUAGGACCUGUAGUUCCCUUCCGGGGAACAGAUUCGCCUGACAGCUGCCGGAAGUGAGGCUGCGCGGAAUGGCCGCCGCUGCGACCAUGGCGGCAGCUGCUCGCGAGCUGGUGUUGCGGGCCGGGGCCUCAGAUAUCGAGGAGGAGGAGGGCCCGCUGGGGAGUGGUCCAGGUCUUCAGGAACCAUUGCAGAUGGGAGAGUUGGACAUCACCUCUGAUGAAUUCAUCCUGGAUGAAGUGGAUGUUCACAUUCAGGCGAAUCUGGAGGAUGAGUUAGUAAAGGAAGCUCUUAAAACGGGUGUGGAUCUUCGUCACUAUUCAAAGCAGGUUGAGCUGGAGCUACAGCAGAUUGAGCAGAAAUCCAUUCGGGAUUAUAUCCAAGAGAGUGAGAACAUAGCAUCUCUGCACAAUCAGAUCACAGCCUGCGAUGCUGUCCUUGAGCGCAUGGAGCAGAUGUUGGGAGCUUUUCAGAGUGAUCUCAGCUCCAUCAGCUCUGAGAUCCGGACACUGCAGGAACAGUCUGGAGCCAUGAACAUCCGACUGCGGAACCGCCAGGCUGUCCGGGGGAAACUCGGGGAGCUUGUUGAUGGUCUCGUGGUGCCCUCUGCUCUGGUCACGGCAAUUUUGGAGGCACCAGUCACAGAGCCCCGGUUCUUGGAGCAGCUACAGGAGCUGGAUGCUAAGGCAGCUGCGGUCCGAGAACAGGAGGCUAGAGGCACAGCGGCCUGUGCAGAUGUCCGGGGCGUGCUCGACCGCCUCCGAGUCAAGGCCGUGACGAAGAUCCGAGAGUUCAUCCUGCAGAAGAUUUAUUCCUUCAGAAAGCCAAUGACCAACUAUCAGAUCCCACAGACAGCCCUGCUGAAAUACAGGUUCUUCUACCAGUUCCUGCUGGGCAACGAACGCGCCACCGCGAAGGAAAUCAGGGACGAGUAUGUGGAGACGCUGAGCAAGAUAUACCUGUCUUACUACCGCUCCUACCUGGGGCGGCUCAUGAAGGUGCAGUAUGAGGAAGUUGCUGAGAAGGAUGACUUAAUGGGCGUGGAAGAUACAGCCAAGAAAGGAUUCUUCUCAAAGCCAUCCCUCCGCAGCAGGAACACCAUCUUCACCCUGGGGACCCGGGGCUCUGUCAUCUCUCCCGCUGAGCUGGAAGCCCCCAUCCUCGUGCCCCACACUGCCCAGCGAGGAGAACAGAGGUAUCCUUUCGAGGCCCUCUUCCGCAGCCAGCACUACGCCCUCCUGGACAAUUCCUGCCGUGAAUACCUCUUCAUCUGUGAGUUCUUCGUGGUGUCCGGCCAGGCUGCCCACGACCUGUUCCACGCUGUCAUGGGCCGCACUCUCAGCAUGACCCAGAAACACCUGGAGUCUUACCUCGUUGACUGUUACGAUGCCAUUGCUGUUUUCCUCUGCAUCCACAUUGUCCUCCGGUUCCGCAACAUCACAGCCAAGAGGGACGUUCCUGCCCUGGACAGGUACUGGGAACAGGUGCUUGCCUUGCUGUGGCCACGGUUUGAACUGAUCCUGGAGAUGAACGUCCAGAGUGUCCGCAGCACUGACCCUCAGCGCCUCGGAGGGCUGGACACGCGGCCUCACUAUAUCACACGCCGAUACGCAGAAUUCUCCUCAGCUCUUGUCAGCAUCAAUCAGACGAUUCCCAACGAACGGACCAUGCAGCUGCUGGGCCAGCUCCAGGUGGAGGUGGAGAAUUUUGUCCUCCGGGUGGCAGCUGAGUUCUCCUCAAGGAAGGAGCAGCUUGUGUUUCUGAUCAACAACUACGACAUGAUGCUGGGUGUGCUGAUGGAGCGGGCGGCGGACGACAGCAAAGAGGUUGAAAGUUUCCAGCAGCUGCUCAACGCGCGGACACAGGAAUUCAUUGAAGAGUUGCUGUCUCCCCCCUUUGGGGGCCUGGUGGCAUUUGUAAAGGAAGCUGAAGCUUUGAUUGAGCGAGGACAAGCAGAACGACUUCGAGGGGAAGAAGCCCGGGUUACUCAGCUGAUCCGUGGCUUCGGCAGUUCCUGGAAAUCAUCGGUGGAGUCUCUGAGUCAGGAUGUGAUGCGGAGCUUCACCAACUUCAGAAAUGGAACCAGCAUCAUCCAGGGAGCUCUGACCCAGCUGAUCCAGCUCUAUCAUCGCUUCCACCGGGUGCUGUCUCAGCCGCAGCUGCGAGCCCUCCCUGCCCGGGCUGAGCUCAUCAACAUCCAUCACCUCAUGGUGGAACUCAAGAAGCACAAGCCCAACUUCUGAUGCACCGGGCCCUGGGGGCCACCAGCCCUCUCCAUGGACUUCUGAGCCCCAUCCUAUCCCCCUUUUCACCUGGGGCUCCCUGCCAGUGCCCCCUUGCCUCCUAAGCUCUCACAGGCCUCACUCUGCCUUCAUUCCUGGGACCGUGCUUCAUCAGGAUAAGCCGGAUCCCCUUGGCUUUGGGCAUCUCUCGUGUCUUCAAGUUUCCCAGGACCACUUGCUGCUGGGCUUCCAAACUAUCCUUGGUUAUCUUUCCAGUGUUGUCAUUCCUCUCUUUCCUCCCACUGCCCCACCCCCAAGGCCUUUUUCUUCUCCCAGUAAAACCUUCUGGUUCACUCAGCUCUUGUCAGCAUGGCAUGAGGUGUGAAGCCUCGACUCUUGGAAUUGGUGUGGCAAGGGAAGACUGUGUCAUAAUGGUUGGCUUUUUUUCCCUUCCACUCAGUGAUUUAUUUUCUGUAGCUUUUUGACCUAAGAUCUCAGCAGCUUGAACACUAAUCAGUCGCCUCCUGGCUUCAGAGUUACAUCAAGGUCAGUCUGCAGAAAACAAUAAAUACUUAAUA